AUGAUCACGUCCUACGCUCGCCAUGGGAGCUUCUCUCGAGCGCUGAGCCUGCUCAAGCGGAUGGACUUGGAAGGGGAGCCUCCAAACCGAGUUACGUGGAUCACCAUCCUCGACUGCUGCGAUGAUCUCCGCCAUGGAAGGCUGCUUCACCACGAACUGGAGCGCUCGCUUGAUCUCAGCUCGGACGCGGACUUGAGUUGCCUGCUCAUCGACAUGUACGGGAAAUGCCACAGCUUGGAAGACGCUUGCAAGUCCUUCGAGAAGAGCUCCACCACCACCAGUGUAAGAUCGUGGACUGCAUUAAUCGGAGCGUUCGUUGCAAACGGCUCAAACCGGAGAGCGAUUGAGAGCUUCCACAGAAUGGCGCUGGAGGGCGUCCAUUUUGACAAGGUGGCCGUGCUGAGCGUGCUGGAAGCCUGCUCUGGAGCCGGAGACUUGGACAGAGGACAGCUCCUCCAUCGCUAUGCGGUCGAGAGAGGCUGGCAAACGGACGUCUUGGUCGGGACCGCGGCGCUCAACAUGUACGUCAAGUGUGGGAGAUUCGAGCAGUCGAAGCUCGUCUUCGAUGCCUUGCCGGAGAAGAGCCUCGUGUCGUGGACGUCGAUGGUGUCCAGCUAUGCCGGGAGCGGACGCUUUGCUGAGGCGCUGAGAGCUUUCAAGCUCAUGGACUUGGCCGGCCUGGGAAUGGACGGUGUUGCUCUGGCUUGCAUCUUCGACGUCUGCGCGGCCUUCACAGCUCUCUCGGACGGCAGCGCUGUCUACUCGAGCGUCGAGGCGAGCGGCGAGAAGCUCGAUGUCACUGCUGGAGCAGCCGCCAUCAACAUGUAUGGAAAAUGCGGAGAUGUGUCGAGCGCGGCGGAGAUCUUCUCGCAGUACCGGGCCUGGGAGUGGAGUUUGGUGCUCUGCACGACCAUGGUGGCGGGCUUUGCUCGAAACGGACAUGGCCGACGAGCUCACGAGCUGUUUGAGUUGAUUGAGCUUCAAGGACUAGAACUGGACGUUGUCAGCUUCACCACCAUUCUUGCUGCGUGUAGCGCUGCCGGGCUGCUCCACGAUGGUCACAGGUACUUUGUUUCCAUGAGAGGGGACUAUGCUCUCGCUGCCACCAUGGAUCACUACGUUUGCGUGAUCGAUCUGCUGGCAAGAUCUGGGCGAGUUGACGAGGGCCUAGCUUUGCUGACAACCAUGCCUUUUGAGCCUGAUGGAGUCUCGUGGGUGACUGUGUUGAGCAGCUGCAAAACUCAUGGCGAUUUUGAUGUGGCUGCCACCCUUGCUGCUCGAGUGCCUGCCUCGGAAGCCGAUCAUCCAGGAGCGCUCGUUACAUUCUUUAAUCUCAUUGCAGAUUCAUCACCAUUGCUCGGUUAG